AUGAGCGUAACUUGCACGGUACGGCAACGGCGAAGCACGCCUGGGAAAGUGGGAAACAGUGACCGGGUGAAAAACGCUGGUAAAUCCGCUUUCCAAAAGCUUUGCAGCUACAAUGAGCUUCCCGAAUGGCAACGCGACAACGACAAGAUCCUACGGGGCUAUGUUCGUGAGACGCGGUCCCUAAUCAAAUGCGUGAAGUCGCUCUUUUACUUCCACAACGAAACUGUAAACAUCUACACCCAUUUGAUUCCUAGCGGGACAUAUCUGGCAUUGCUACUGUUCUUCACGGAUCUUGUGCUGAUUCCCCAGUUCCCGUCAACCUCUAUGUCGGAUUACAUUAUGAUCAACUUUUUUCUUCUGGGGGCCUUUUUAUGCCUAAUGUGCAGUAGUUGCUUCCACUGCAUGAAACAGCACUCCGAGGCUCACAGCGACGUCUGGAGCAAAGUCGACUACAUGGGCAUUAUCGUGCUGAUUUCGUGUUCUAUGGUAUCGCUGCUGUACUACGGAUUCCACGAUUACUUGCUGCAUUUCAAGCUUUUCACCAUUGUAGUGGUGGUCCUGGGAUCCAUAUGUGCGGCGUUUGUCUUGAACGAUCGUUUUAACGCCAAGAACUGGCGUGCGUUCCGGGCCGCUUUUUUCGUGCUGUUUGGAUUCAGUGGAGUUGUGCCCAUCAUCACGGGUCUGGUCAAAUUUGGAAUUGAAGAAUCCUGCAAGAGAGUCCAGCUCCGAUUUGUAUUGUGGGAGGCGCUUUUCUACAUUGUAGGUGCCGUGAUAUAUGGUCUGCGGCUGCCCGAAACACUUUUGCCCGGAAAAUUCGAUUUUGUUGGCCACAGUCACCAAUUAUUCCAUGUGUUGGUCGUGCUGGGUUCGAUCUGCCAUUUCCGGGCGCUGAUCGGGUCCUAUUUCUUCCUGCACACUGGUCUCAGCACUUCGAAUCUUCUCAAUCUGAAAGUUCUGUCAUGA